AGACGCGCAAGUGUUUAGAUGUCUCCUGUCUGCACAUUUCUUCUGUCUUUGCAAAUUUAUUCUUCCCUUCGUUCUUUGGUGAUCGACUGCUAGACCGUUUGCUUCCAGCAGCAGUGAAGGACUCUGAUGUUGUCGCGCGUUGCUGAACGGAUCAUGUGACGGCGGGUGUGAUCGGACACUAGGAACUGUCAACAAGACAGAACAAAGGGCAUCCUGACCUAAUUUGUGCAUGUAGAAGUGGAUCCAUGGGUGUCCUGCGGGCGGUGUCCGUCACCAUGGGAAGGAUCAGCACAUUUAGGUCCUAUCAGAUCAUGCUGCUCUUUGCUGCAGCCUUGGCAGUGGUGGCCUUCUACUACUUUGGCUCCGAAAAGCAGAACUUCUCCAGCACCACAAAACGGAUCAAGGAAACACAAGCAAGCCACAACACCAACCGUGAUGAUGCAGAUCUUUCUAUAGACAUCCGGUCUGGACGUCCAGAAAGCAGAACAGGAACUGGAGAUGACCUGGAUGGAAAGCCAUCACGCUUUCAUGCUCUCAUGAUGUUCACCAAGGUUUACAAGAGCUUGAGCUUGCAGCAGAAGUUUCAGGUGGCCAUGCGCUCCAUGGCCAAACAUGGACGGUUCCUGGAGGAUGAGAUGCUGGUUCUCCAUUACGUCUCUGAUGCAGGCAGUCAGGAGCUGGGGGAGAAGAUGCUUCCUGAACUUCUGCUGGAUGCAACUUUCCGGUACGAGGUGGUGUUUCACAAUGUAGAUGCCCUUACGGAGAAAUUAUUCCCCAUCGUGGAGGCCAUGCAGAAACACUUUAGUGCAGGUUCCGGCGCAUACUAUAGUGAUGCCAUCUUCUUCCUGUCGGUGGCCAUGCAUCGCAUCAUGCCUGCAGAACUGAAGCGCAUUGUUCAGUUGGACCUGGACCUCAAAUUCAGAAACAACAUCAGAGACCUCUUCCAAGAUUUUAACCAUUUCCCUGCUGAGGCUGUCAUUGGAAUUGCACGUGAAAUGCAGCCAGUUUACAGGCACACUUUCUGGCAGUACCGCAAAGAGAAUCCCAAGUCCCAUGUGGGUGACCCUCCACCAGAUGGUCUGCCCGGCUUCAACAGCGGCGUAAUGCUUCUGAAGCUUGACGCCAUGCGUCACUCUACCUUAUACAACCAGCUUCUGGAGCCCGAGCGGGUGGCUCGCCUCGCGGAGAAAUACCACUUUCGGGGGCACCUGGGCGAUCAGGAUUUCUUCACAAUGAUCGGGAUGGAGCACAGGGAACUCUUUUACCCACUUUCCUGCGGCUGGAACCGACAGCUUUGCACAUGGUGGAGGGAACACGGGUAUGGUGACGUCUUCCAGCUGUACUAUCACUGCGAUGGGCCGGUGCACAUCUACCACGGCAAUUGCAACACUCCCAUACCUGAUGACUGAGGUUCAAAUUGCAUCUUUGAAUGCUAACUUUUCGAUUAAACUCAUUUUGUUUGCACAUCUUUAACAAACUUUAAAUCAAGUGGACCGAGGCAGAAGGGGCUCAUUGUUAGAGGUGCUAAUAGUGUAGCAUUCCCAUGACUAAUCACAUUUACACAAUAUAAUCCAGCCAUUACCACAUGAAUCAUUCAUUUAACACCACUGAGGCUGUUGGCGCCUUUCCAAAGUUACUAAAAGUCUCUGACUUAAAGGGAUAGUUCACUCAAAAA